UUUUAUUAAAAACGAAUUAUAAGUUCUAAAUUCUAAAAAGGGAAUACCCAUAACAAUAAACAUAACCUCAAUUGACUCAAAAUGAGUGAAACUAAUUCCAGUAACAAAAGCGAGGCAUGGUCCCAAUACGCAAAACAUUACAACCCCUUAAAAAUAGGUUCAAUAGAUGGUACAGACACUGAGCCCCAUGAUAAAGCAAUCGUUCGUGCAAUCGAUUCUGAUUACAUCCCUAAUAAAUUCGUUAAGGGUCGACCUGAAUGUACGAUUUUCGUUAGUCGUUUGAACCCAAAAACGACCAAGGAUACUAUCAAAGAAAUCUUUUCAAAGUUUGGACAAUUAAAGCGUUUUCGUUUAGUACGAGAUAUUGUAACAGGUUUUCCAAAAGGUUAUGCUUUUAUUGAAUACGAAUCUGAAUCCUCUGCUGAAGAAGCAUAUCGCAGUGCUUAUAGGAUGAAUAUAGAUGGAAAUGUUGUUUUUGUUGAUUUUGAAUGCGAACGAUUAUUAAAAGGUUGGAAACCGAGAAGAUUGGGGGGCGGAUUUGGAGGGAAAAAAGAAUCAGGACAAUUAAGGUUUGGAGGGAGAGAUAGACCAUUUAGAAAACCAAUUCAUUUAGAGAUAAGAGAACGUGAGGAGAAGUCUCGAACUGGAAGGUUUCGGCAAAGAAGUUAUGAUUCUGAUGAAGAAAGGAGAAAACGAAGAAGGAGUCGAAGUGGAGAGAGAAGAAGGGAUAGGGAAAGAAGUUAUAGAUAGAAUAAUCGUGUUAAUUAUUUUUGUAAUUUCUAAGUACAAAACUUCACCAUUCAGCAAAUAUUUCACUCUUUUUUUUGAAUGUCUUCUGUGUCAUUAGUUUGUGGUAAUUUAUUAUACAGAUGAACUCCAAUAUAGUUGAUACCAUGUUAAGUUU